GCUUGGCAACACACAGCGUGAAUCCCAGUGAAAGCCGCUCGGGUUUGGGCAGAUUUUGACGGGACACUGAAAUCAGCCCAUCCCGACCCUCACCAUAAAGUCAUUUACUGUCCCAAAACUGCCAUAAAUCUUCAGGGAUCACUUUCAGACCCGCGACGAGCCUUUCAAAUAGACUUUAUAUCAGCAUAUGAGUUUAAAUGGGACGUUUGGAUGGUGCUAAAAUACAUCAGGUGCACCAAGAAUGAGGAGGACAGCAAAUAACAAAGGAGGACAUGAUGGACCAUAGCAUCCAGAGCAUUCUGUAGGAUAUUUCAGGAUCCAAAAUAAAAAAGAUGAGCUGCUUCUGUUCAGUGCAAGAGGAGUUUUACUGCGAGGUUCUGCUCCUGGACGAGUCCAAGCUGAUUUUAACCACCCAGCAGCAGGGAAUAAAGAAAUCAACCAGGGGAUGUGUAGUCCUGGACUAUGUGUUCAGUCAUGUGAACCUCGCAGAAACGGAGUAUUUUGGGCUUCGCUAUUGCGACCACAGCCAUCAGACGUUUUGGCUGGAUCCCUCAAAAACCCUUGCUGAGCAUAAAGAUCUGAUAACAACUGGACCUCCAUACACACUGUACUUCGGGGUGAAGUUUUACGCUGAAGAUCCUGGUAAACUGAAAGAGGAAAUCACAAGGUAUCAGUUUUUUCUGCAGGUGAAGCAGGAUGUUCUUCAGGGGAGGCUCCCGUGUGCGUUUAACAUCAGUGCUCAGCUCGCCGCUCUGGCUAUUCAGUCUGAACUGGGGGACUACGACCCGUACAAACACACAGCGGGUUACGUGUCUGAAUAUCGUUUCGUCCCUGACCAGAAAGAGGAUCUGGAGGACAGCAUUGAACAGAUUCAUAAAACACUGCUGGGUCAGGUGCCUGCAGAAGCCGAAAACAAUUACUUAGCCAUCGCCAAAACACUGGAGAUGUACGGCGUGGAUCUGCACCCGGUGUUCGGAGAAAAACAGGCCGAGUAUUUCCUGGGACUGACGCCGGUCGGGGUUGUGGUUUACAAGAAUAAAACCCAAGUGGGGAAAUAUUUCUGGCCAAGAAUCACUAAAGUUUAUUUCAAGGAGACCCAGUUUGAGCUGCGGGUUCUGGGCAGAGAUUGUAACGAGACGUCUUUCUUCUUUGAUGCCGCCAGUAAAACGGCCUGUAAGAACCUGUGGAAGUGCUGCGUGGAGCAUCACACCUUCUUCAGAAUGCCAGAGAACGAGUCUAAUUCCCUAACAAGAAAACUCUCCAAAUUCAGCUCUCUGGGCUCCAAGCAUCGCUACAGUGGUAAAACUGCGAUGCAGAUUGGACGAGAGUCGACUGAAACUCUACCCAGAGCAGAUCUGCAGGUGAUCCGGACCCGCAGCAAGACCUACCCGAAGAGAAGCACACAGCCUGCAGGACGAAACAAUGGAGGUCAAGCGGUCACAAAGAUGGAGAACACGAGCGAAGGCCCGUCCAAAACCUCUGCACUGACACCAGUCAAGAGUCCCAGAGUAAAGGCAGAAAGCGCUUCAGUCCAGCAGGACAAGUCCAGUGCACCAUGGGAAGAGGACGCUCCGCAGAGUGGUCUGUACAACUCGGCCAGUGAGCGGAACAAAUCUCCCAAAUUCCCCAAAGCUCACAGACGUUCCCCUUCAGGAGGCAGCGAGAACGAGCCCCGCCGCAGGAGAGGUCAAACCGCUGACGACCCCCAGGCCAACAAACAGCACAGGAGGAGGUCACGUUCCCGUGGAAACACCAGCAGUGGCAGCGAAUCUGAGAAUUCCAACAGGGAGCAUCGUAAAAAGCGAAACCGGUCCCGUCAGGAGAAUGAGAUGGUAGACUCCGCUCCGCAGUGGGAGGUUGUGCUGCGCAGACAGAAGGAAAAAACACCCAAUGACCCGAACCAUCGGCGCUCACGACACCGCUCACGAUCACGCAGUCCUGAUGUCCAAGCCAAAGAGCAGCUCUGGAAACACAUUCAGAAGGAGCUGGUCGAUCCUUCAGGUCUCUCAGAGGAGCAACUGAAGGAGAUUCCCUACAAGAAAGUGGAAACACAAGGUGACCCGAUCAAGAUCCGCCAUUCCCAUUCACCCAGGAGCUUCCGGCAGUAUCGGCGCUCCCACUGCUCGGAUGGAGAGAGGUCUGUGCUGUCCGAGGUCAACUCUCGCACUGAUCUGGUUCCUCCUCUGGCUGUGACCCGCACCGCAGACGUGCCUGGAUCUAGCUCCACCCCUGCUCAGAAGAAGAAAGGCUCUAAAGACACCCUGUCAGAGAGCUCCGAACAAGACACAAAAAGCACCGCCAAGGUGGUGAAAACCGUACACACAUCUCGACUGAAAGCGGAAACGUGACCAAACGAAAAGUCAAGCUCUGUAGAGAAACACUGAAUGAGAUCUCCAGCUAUUCUUUCAUGCCAUACUUCAGUUUAUUACCACAGUAAAUGUCUUUCGUCAGCAGUCCGGGGUCGGCACGGACGUUUUGAAUGUUACACAAACACUUAGAAACUAGAUUAAUUUCCUACUGACAAUCAAAUGAAGGACGAUGGACGGGUCGGCACAAACACCUCAGUCUGAUAUUGUCACAAACAAACGCAUUUUCGUACAGUAUUAAAGUGGAAAUGAUGGUAAAAAGUGCUUCGUAUUAUUAUUAUUACUAUGGAUGUAUGUUGUGUCCUCUGCUGUAGGAAGUGUUGCUGCUGUUUUUCUACUUUCAUUUUUUUUUUUGCACAUACACUGUCAUUUCUGUUUAUUACGGAUCACUGUAGCUGUAACUGGAAGCUCGGUUGUUGAGUUUUAAUCACAGCUUGUCAAUAAAAGCAUUCUAGUCUA